UUCUUUCGAUUAUAAUAUUUGCAUUUGCUGGUUAAAGAUGGAGUAAAAUAUUUGAUAAGAAUAUCAAUAAUGUUUGAAGAAAACUUAGGUGGGAUGGACUGACAAGUAAGAAUGCUUGAGAGUGAGUGAGUGUUAUAGCUUUGUAGUUAUCGUGGAGGAUGGGUUCAAGAAUGUUCUUAGCAAGCCAAACACUCCCUAACUCUUCUUCUUCUUCUUCUUCGUUCAGAGGGUUUUAAGUUGUGUUAUCUCCUGCUUGUUUCUUCCAGGAAGCUUUUUCGAGAAGUAAAAAAUGGCAACGAUCGGAGAUAUAGGGGUUUCAGCUGCUCUGAAUAUUCUUAUAACCUUUAUUAUCUUCAUAGCAUUUGCAAUAUUAAGAAUUCAAUCCAUCAAUGAUAGAGUCUACUAUUCGAAAUGGUAUCUUAAAGGGUUAAGACAAAGUCCAAUGAGUACAGGAGCUUUUGUGCGGAAAUUUGUGAAUUUGGAUUUUGGAGCAUGGAUAAGGUUCUUGAAUUGGAUGCCUAUGGCAUACAAGAUGCCUGAACCUGAGCUUAUUGACCAUGCCGGAUUAGAUUCAGCUGUGUAUUUGCGGAUUUACUUUAUGGGGCUCAGGAUUUUUGUCCCUAUUGCAUUCCUUGCUUGUGCUGUUUUGGGGCCGGUCAAUUUUACAAACACCACAUUAGGCAGAGAUAACAAGCUAUCAAAAAUCACUUCAAGCGAAAUUGAUAAGCUUUCAACUUCAAAUAUCCCGCUUAAAUCAGAGAGAUUUUGGGCUCAUAUUGUGCUGGCUUAUGUCUUUACCUUUUGGACAUGCUAUGUGUUGAAGAGGGAGUAUGAAAAAGUUGCCGGUAUGCGGUUGCAUUUUCUUGCAUAUGAAAAUCAGCGGCCAGAUCAGUUUACAGUCCUUGUUAGGAAUGUUCCUCCAGACCCGGAUGAAACUGUUAGUGAGCUUGUGGAGCAUUUCUUUUUGGUGAAUCACUCAAAUGAAUACCUAACACAUGAGGUGGUAAUUAACGCUAACAAACUUGCCAGAUUGGUGCAAAAGAAGAAAAAGAUGCAGAAUUGGCUUGUCUACUACCAAAAUAAAUAUGCAAGAAAUUGUUCAAAGAGGCCGGUUAUGAAGACUGGUUUUCUUGGACUCUGGGGCAGAAAAGUGGAUGCAAUUGAACAUUACAUAUUUAAAAUUGAAAAAUUGUCAACAGAAAUAGUUGAGGAGAGAAAAAGGGUUAUUAAUGAUCCCAAGUCUAGAAUGCCAGCAGCAUUUGUUUCCUUUAAAACUAGAUGGGGAGCAGCAGUGUGUGCACAAACUCAACAAACCAGAAAUCCAACUAUAUGGUUGACAGAGUGGGCUCCUGAGCCACGUGAUGUCUACUGGAAAAACCUAUCAAUUCCAUAUGUUUCACUCAGAAUUAGGAGGCUGAUCACUGGCGUUGCAUUCUUGUUUCUUACCCUCUUUUUCAUGGUCCCUAUUGCCUUUGUACAAUCUCUUGCAAGCAUUGAGGGAAUAGAGAAAGCUGCACCAUUUCUGAAACCCACAAUUGAAAUUGAGUUUGUUAAAGCUGUCAUCCAAGGUUUUCUUCCUGGUAUUAUAUUGAAGAUUUUUCUCAUCUUCCUCCAGAUGAUAUUGAUGAUUAUGUCUAAAUAUGAAGGCUUUGUUUCUCUAUCGACUCUAGAAAGAAGAUCAGCAUCUAGAUAUUAUAUUUUCAAUCUUGUGAAUGUCUUCCUUGGGAGCGUAAUAACUGGAACUGCAUUUGAGCAGCUAAAUUCGUUUAUAAGGCAGUCGGCAAAUGAAAUUCCCAAGACAAUUGGAGUAGCUAUACCAAUUAAAGCAACUUUCUUCAUAACUUACAUAAUGGUCGAUGGAUGGGCUGGUAUAGCCUUAGAGAUUUUAAGGUUGCAGCCACUGAUAAUCUACCACUUGAAGAACUUCUUCUUGGUGAAGACCGAAGAGGAUAGGGAGAAGGCAAUGGAUCCUGGAAGUCUUUGUUUUAACACUGGAGAACCUCGCAUACAGUUGUAUUUUCUAAUAGGCCUUGUAUAUGCUACAGUGGCACCUCUUUUGCUUCCCUUCAUUAUAGUUUUCUUUGGGCUGGCCCAUAUUGUUUUUCGUCAUCAGAUAAUAAAUGUUUACAACCAAGUGUACGAGAGCGGUGCAGCAUUCUGGCCUGAUGUCCAUAAAAGAGUCAUAACUGCAUUGGUUAUAUCACAGUUGCUGCUCAUGGGAUUGCUGAGUACAAAGGAGGCUGCUCAGUCCACCCCAUUUCUCCUUGUUCUUCCUGUUCUUACGAUAUGGUUUCACAGGUUCUGCACAGGCCGUUACGAACCUGCAUUUGUUAAACAUCCAUUACAGGAAGCCUUGAUGAAAGAUACUCUGGAACGUGCCAGGGAACCGAACUUUAACUUGAAAAGUUUUCUUCAAAAUAAAUACAUCCAUCCAGCCCUGAAAAUCGUUCAUGAAGAAGAUGAUGACGACAUUGAAAUGCAGCAAGGAAACAUGGAAAGUGAAAAUGUUUUAGUCCCCGCAAAGCGCCAGAGCCACAGAAACACACCAUUGCCCAGCGACAUUAGUAGUGCAUCCUUGCCGUCUCCCUCUUUGCCCAAUACCGUUACUGAAAGCUUAGAGCCAUGAAUCAGUCCACAUCUAGCUAUUUGCAGGUCAAUCAGUGAAGGACAACAGUCUGAGAUUUUCUUCCUCUUUUAUAUAUGAUUUUUCUCAUGUUGGAUUUUUCACGUAAAUUUUGCAUUUUAGGUUAGAGUAUUUGUGCAUCUUGUGGAUUGUUUCUUCAUAGGGUUUCAAAAUAAAACAGUCUGAGACUGUUCAUUUCUUUGUUUCUCAA